CUCCUCCGCCCGCCGUCUUCCGAGCUCAGGGACCGGCCGCGGCAGCCUCUCGGAGCUGAGGUGCGGAGCGAGGGCCGGCGGGCCAGCGGCGAGCGGAGUCGGUCGCCGGAGCGAGAGCGGCGGAGGAGCCCGCAGCAGCCGCGCGGCCAGCCCGGAGCAACGCAGCCGACGCUCCUGCAAACUUGGGCGCGCGCUCGCGCCACUGCGCCCGCCGACCGAGCGAUGAAGAUGGUCGCACCUUGGACGCGGUUCUACUCCAACAGCUGCUGCCUGUGCUGCCAUGUCCGCACUGGCACCAUCCUGCUGGGUGUCUGGUACCUGAUCAUCAAUGCCGUGGUGCUGUUGAUUCUCUUGAGUGCCCUGGCUGAUCCAGAUCAGUAUCACUUUUCAAGUUCUGAACUGGGAGGUGACUUUGAGUUCAUGGAUGAUGCCAACAUGUGCAUUGCUAUAGCGAUUUCUCUUCUCAUGAUCCUGAUUUGUGCAAUGGCUACUUACGGAGCAUAUAAGCAACAUGCUGCCUGGAUCAUUCCAUUCUUCUGUUACCAGAUCUUUGAUUUUGCCCUGAACACCUUGGUCGCAGUCACUGUGCUUGUUUAUCCAAACUCCAUUCAGGAGUACAUACGACAGCUGCCUCCUGAUUUUCCCUACAGAGAUGAUAUCAUGGCAGUGAAUCCUACUUGUUUGGUCCUUAUCAUCCUCCUGUUUAUCAGCAUUAUCUUGACUUUUAAGGGUUACUUGAUUAGCUGUGUUUGGAAUUGCUACCGAUACAUCAAUGGCAGAAACUCCUCUGAUGUCCUGGUUUAUGUUACCAGCAAUGACACUACGGUGCUGUUACCCCCAUAUGAUGAUGCCACUGUGAAUGGCACUGCCAAGGAGCCGCCGCCACCGUACGUGUCUGCCUGAGUCUGAAAGUGGGGCGGAGUCUGAGCCGAGAGCAACAGCUUGAUUUUUCAGGCUUCUGAGCAAUAGUUCUUUACUUUCACUUCUGAGAUGAGCUCUUUGAGCUUAUUUUUGCUGAAAUGCUACAGUUUUAAAAUGUAGAUGUUAAGUUGAAACCCUCUGUAGUUUUAAACAUAUGCUUUUGCUAGAGCACUGUGCUAGAUUAACUGUAGAAUUCAUCCAUAGGGGUGGGGGGCAGUGGGCUUCCCUUUCCUUCCCUAGGCAAUGAAAUCUCCCAGCAAGUGAAUGGGAGUUGGGGAAUUAGUCAUACUUUUUCUCUGUUCCCUCUGUCUCUUUUGAAAGUGUAAAGUAAAAUCAAAAUUAGACAAUGCUUUUCUUAAGCCAUCCUAGUGUAUAGAACAAACCCUUCUGAGAGCAGAAAUGUUGAUUGUGUAAUCAAUGCUCUAAUUAGGUAAGUAGUUCAUAUAUGUAUAAAUAAAACAAGAAUUUCUUUAA